UAUCAGUUUGCGAGGGGUGGGGGCUUUAUGGGUAGUCAUGUAUGCAAUAUGUAAAGAUUAAUUGCAGUGCAAGGCCAAAGGCAACUCAAUCAUUUCGACAAUAUAACAAUACACCACAAGUGGCAAAGAGUUGUUCAGAUUGAUACCGUUAUUUGCACAAUACUCAUUGUUUAUUGCUUACCAGCUUAUCAGCGAAUGACUGGCGAGUGAUAAGAUGCUGGCAGUCGCUUAUGUUUAGCAAGAGAAUAUUUACAAUCGAUGGUCUACGCUUAGUUGCUUACAGAUCGUCGAACCGUUGACAACGGCGCACUUGUUGCACAGGUACAACUACAACUACAGCUACAGCAUUAUAAACAACACUGCAACAAAAACAAAAUGACAACGACAAACGCAAGUGCGAAUGCGAAACGAGUUCUUUCCAUCCAAAGUCACGUUGUGCACGGUUAUGUAGGCAACAAGGUGGCCACCUAUCCCCUCCAGCUGCUGGGCUUCGAUGUGGAUCCGUUGAACUCGGUGCAAUUCUCUAACCACACCGGCUACAAGUGCUUCAAGGGUCCAGUCUCAACUGAAAAAGAAUUGGCCACCAUCUUCGAUGGGCUGCAGCAGAACGAGCUGUUGUCUCAGUACUCGCAUCUGUUGACGGGUUACAUUGGCAAUCCGUUGUUCCUCCGCCAGGUGGGCGUCAUACUGCAGGAGAUGCGCAAGGCGAAUCCCAAGUUGAUUUUCGUUUGUGAUCCCGUCAUGGGGGACAACGGCAGCAUGUAUGUGCCCAAGGAACUGCUGCCCGUGUACCGUGACGAAAUCAUUCCAUUGGCCGACAUUAUAACGCCCAAUCAGUACGAGGUGGAACUGCUCACCGGCAAGGAGGUGCGCAGCGAGGCGGCCGUUUGGGAGGCUAUGGAUUGGUUCCAUCAGCGCAACAUCAAAACGGUUGUCAUCUCCAGCAGUGAUCUGGGGCAGGAGGGCGUUUUGCGCGCCUUCCUCAGCCAGCUGAAUGGUCCUCGACUCGCCAUCGAUAUACCCAAGCAGGGCGACAAGGAUCUAUUCUUCACCGGCACCGGUGAUCUGUUCGCCUCCCUCUUUCUAGCCCAUAGCCAUGGCAACGGCGAUGUGACCGCCGCCUUCGAGAAGACAAUUGCCACCCUGCAGGCUGUGAUCAGGCAGACGGUUAAGUCGCUGCCCACGAACAGUGGACCCGCGCAAGCCUGGGAGCGUGAACUGAAGCUGGUGCAGAGCAAAUCCGAAAUCGAGCAACCGCAGGUGCUGCUCAAAGCGCAGCGUCUCAACUAGACCACAACAACUGGCACAUUUAAUCCGACGGACAAUAAUAUGAACAAAUUGUUUCUAUCUUAUCUAAAUAUAUGUAAACUUCAAAUGACAGAAAUGCCCCUCAAUGGGUUUAACCUGAUGGAUGUGACAGUCUGUGUGCAUUGCUGACAUCUCAAAAGAAUCACUCGGCUGUGGCAAGCCCAGCCACAAUAUAAAAGCGGGCAACUCUCGUCGAGUAGCCAAACAGUUGA